UUUCUUGUAAGUGGAGACGAUUAAGAGCCCUCUUGUAAUAUAUCCUUCGUAUAAUCUCAAAUAUUGCGCAGUUAAAGUCCAACAAUGUCGGCGCAACUGCUUUGUGUCGUUGUGUUUUUUGCUGGAUUUUUUCUCGUUACCAAUUGUGAAGAAAAGUUCGGUUGCAAGUUGCCACAAGAACCUUUGUUCGGCCAUUUUGAUUUUAACGAAAGACGGAAGUCAUACCGAUUGAGCUGCGACGAAAACUUCCGGUUACAACCGGGCGGAUUGUUGAACCUUGACCGAUUUUGUAGAAACGGAAAAUGGACAGGACCUGUGAGAGAUUGUGUUCUGAAAUAUCAAGUCAGGAAACAAUGCCCCCAGCUGUACGACCCCAAAAACGGAAAGGUCUUCGCUGCAUCGCUAGAUCAAGGGGCUUCCGCUGCAUUCGAAUGUGAUAGUGGAUACCUUCUCGUUGGGUCACGUGAGGUGAUAUGCACAACCAGCCAGAUUUGGAGCGGGGAGAUCCCUAUCUGUAGAAGCAAUAUGAACGCUGCUGAUAUCGCCAACAACAUGAAGGAGACAUUUAUUGAUAAGUAUGCCGGAUCAACUUCGACAUCAGAGUCUGGACCCCAGGGGCGUCUCAGUAUUGGCAAACGAGGCCUUGACAUCAUCAUUGCCGUCGACACCUCGUCCAGUAUUGGGACAGAAUCUCUGAAAAUUGCAAAGCGGUUCAUGGAAGUCCUUGUCAAAAUAUUUGGUGUGUCUUCAAAUAAAGCCGGAGGCCAAAACGGAACACGAUUUGCCAUUGUAACGUUUGCAAGCACCGCCACUGUGCAUCUUCAGAUUGAUGACAAGCUUGUGCGAACGGUCAACUCCACCAUCGACAAAAUCAACGAGAUUCAGAUAACUGGAGGUGGCACGUCUAUUUCAAGUGUUCUAAACACCAUCAUCACUAAAAUCCAUCUCGUAAAGAUAGCCGGAUCAAACCGAAAAGGCCAGGAAACUAACAGAGCUGUUUUUCUGAUUACGGAUGCCUCACAGACAGUCAAAGCCAAUACCGACCAAAUGACUCAAAAGAUUAAGUUAUUGAAAGACGAAGGAUACGAGAUCUUCACAAUGGGAGUUGGAAGAAACAUCGACAAACUCAUGCUGAAGAAAAUAGCCAGCGAGCCAACCGAAGAACACGUUUUCCUGAUAAACCAAUUCAAGGAUCUGAAAGCGAUAGGGGACACGAUUGCAGAAAAAAAUAUAGAUUACGGCAAAUGUGGAAUUUCUGGAAACACAGACAUAGCACAAGGCACGGACGCGAGUAAAAAGGGGGCGUGGCCAUGGGUUGGCUGGUUAAGUGCCCAGAGCAAGACGUGUGGGGGCGUUCUUCUGUGCGCACGAUAUUUCAUGACGUCAGCAAGAUGCGUGUCUGACGUCAACGAAACAGGACACGUGAUUCCCUACACAGAAAACAUGAUAACCGUGAACCUCGGGGAUUCGCGGUUGUAUCAAGGUGAUGACGAGCAGGUGAUGCCGGUUGUCAAGGACGUCAUCAUUCACCCGAACUACACUGGUGUCCCUAACGAGCAUGACAUCCGAGAUUAUGAUGUGACCAUCCUCGAUUUUGGCGAGGACAAUAGCACACAACCACCUCUGAACAAGUUCAUCAAACCGAUAUGCUUUCCCUAUAGGAAAGUGUACAACUUAUCAGAAGGAAGAUUGGAGUCUUUGAAAGUAAUGGCUGGUGAGGCAUAUGGAUUCACAGUAGGCUGGGGUCUCUCCCCAGAUUCACAUACCCGACAGGUACCGUGGGGAAAACAGAAGCAAAACCGACGGGAAAUCCAAUCAGACGUCAAAUGUGGACGUCGCUACCCAGGCCUGAAAACUGAGAGAUACUUCUGUGUCGGAAAUAUAAGGAAGGAAGGCGAUUCCUGUAGAGGUGAUAUUGGUGGCGCGUACAUGGCAGAACUGAGCAACUUUCGCUACAGCGCAUUUGGACUCGCCCAGAAGACGUACGACUGUCAAGACCAUCUCCAAUUCAGCAUCUUCCUUGAUCUGCAUCACCCAUCAAUCACCGAAUGGGCUCUUCCAAUCCUUGGUCGCUGUAAUCGAUUGGGCAGCGCUGAGGACGAAGAAAAGGAGGCGGAGUUAGAAAGAGAGAAUGCUCGAAACAAAACUGAAGAGGCGGAUCUUGUUGAAAACGAUGCAGAUGGGGCGGACCCUGUUGAAGAUAAUGAACAAGCGGGGGUAGAAAAUGUCGUGGAUGAUGUUGAGAAAAAGGAUGGCGGCAAGAACGGGAAUGGAGAAAAGAAUCUCAAAAAGAAGGGUAAGGGUAAAGGCAAGAAAAAAAACAAGAACAAGAAUGGUCAAAAGAAAAAUAAAAGGGAGAGAAAUUAGACCAACCUGUGCGAUUAAAAAUUUGGUGUUACAUUUACUAGAAACAUAUGGCUCAUGGCUCAUGCAUGAAAAACGUGGUUCGUCAAACCAUUCUAUUCUAUUCAUUGCUGUAUAAUUAAUUGAUAUGGCUGUUUUCUCUAUCGAUUUUUUGCUAUUUUCAAUAUGAUGUUGCUGUUUUUUUUUAAAAGCAUAAACUAUUAUUGGUAAAUAAGUUAAGUAGGAGGAAAACCAAUAUUCAGAUCUCUCACUUCAAGCCACUAGCAUAUAAUGUUCGUAUACGUGCAUUAAAAAAAAAACGUUAUUAGUUAUAGUAUAGUCUCGAUUCGUAUGUUGUUGUAGUUCAAUUUAAAUUCAAUAUCUUCAAAACAGUAUAUUCCCACUUAAAAUCAAAUAUGGUUGAUAUUUGUAAUUUGCUGACAUUCUGUCAACAUAUAAUUACCUUUAAUUUGACAUUAAUCGAUAUGACUUGUGUGAUAGUAUUUGUUUUAUUUAAUUUAACGCAUCUGAAAGUUGCCAGCAAUACGUAUUGCAAAAUGCAUUUGUCCGUAUGGCACUCUAUUGACGUCACAAGUAUCAUCGCGCAAUGUUUAAAUGACGUCAUAGAUAGAAUAGUGCGUUAUCUAAAUACUAUUUGUUAUGUAAUAACGAGUCGUUUAAGUGAUCUAAAUCAGUAUUGCAUUUUGAUGCGAGAAUCGUAUUCGACUAUCGUGUUGUUGUUUUUUGAAAAUAUCCACUCAAGUUAAUCCCUUUUAUUUUGCAUGUAUUUUCAUAAGUUUGUCAAUAUUUUCCAGUAUUUCCAAGUAUCAGCAUGCCUGUAAAUAAAUGCUUUAUUCGAAAAGA